AUGUAUCAAAUGGUGGAUUUUGGCGAUGAAGUUGAGGUGGCUCAGCAGGAGAUUUAUGUGAGUUUUUUUUUGUUGGAAAUUGUGAAAUUAUCUUACUUUUUGUUUCAGGAAGAUUACUAUGAAGAGGAUCCCGAUCAGCCGCCAGUGUUAGAUUCGCACGCUUCAGUUUCAUAUGAAGCUCAUGAGGAAUAUUACGAAGAGCCGCCACGCAAACGCAAAGUUUAUGAUGAGAUUUUCGAAGAAGAGGAUGGUUUGAAAUAUAUGGGAAUUCCGGAUUAUGAUCCAGAAGAAUUUGAGCACACAUUGCCGGAAGAAGAAGGCAUGCCAUAUUGUGAUAUUUGUGAACGAGUUAUCAAAUCUUGGAAUUCGUAUGAAUAUCAUAUGUUGAGCAAACAUUUGAACUAUAAACCAUUUAGAUGUUUGAUUUGUGGAAAGGAUCAUGAAUUUCAUACGGAGGAUGAGGGCAGAUAUCAUAUGAGAAUGAUUCAUGCAAAUGUUAAGGAUACACCGGUGAGUAGUUUUUGUUGUGAAACACCUAGGCAAUUUCUUAAAUAAAAUUUAAAUUGAAAAAUACACCCAUGUUUCUGUACAGUUUUUCACGCUCACGCUGAAAAAUACCCCGUUUUCAGUUUUGCUGAGCGACUCUCUGGAGAGCCCAAAAAUUAACCGAAAACCUCGUUUUUGAGAGCCCUUAACUCAUGUUACAAAAUAUUUUAUCAAAAACAGUGUACAGGGCGAUGUUCAAGAAGGUUGAUUUUGUGACUUUGGUAAAUCGACCCCGCUGAUCAACGUCAUGCAUUCGGUUUUUCAUAGAUUCUAUCUCUAACAUGAGUUAUGGGCUCUCAAAACCACUUUUUCUCUUUUUGGCUCAUCAAAGAGUCGCUCAGGAAAAACUAAAAACAGGAUUUUUCUCAGCGUGAAAAACUGUACAGAAACAUCUAUGUCUCAUCGAAAAUUUCCGGGGACUGGUCCCACACUUUCCUUGUUAGCAUCCAGAUUUUGUAAAAUUUUUUAUAACUUUGUAUAAUUCAAGAUGUCUAGAUUUUUGAAAACAGCUAUUUUUUUUAUAAUUCCGAAAAGAUUCUCACGUUUUCCUCCUAUUACCUCCCCAAAUCUCUAUUUUCCAGCUCAUCAAAGUAUACGAUCGUGAAAAAGAUGCUCAAAUGCUCCAUCUCUUCGAGAACGUCAUGAGAAUGCGAGACGAAUCGGAUGGUCUCAGCCAAAUUGUGAACGAUGUGAAUGAUCUGGAAAACAGUCUUCAAAUGCCAAAGUUUCAAAAAAUGAAAUUUUGUCUGCCAAUGUCGGUUUUGGAAGCGACGUGAGUUUUUUUUUUGAAAAUAUAUGAGAAUGAAUGUUCCAAAACAAAUUAAAUUCCAGAAUCCAUAAAGAAGUCGAGGUCCAAUGCCAAAUCACAGCAGCAGACGACAAAUUCCAAAAUCAACAAAUGCGUGCGAACCAAAAAUCCUCGGAUUGGCGUAGACAAGCUGAACGUGUUUAUCAACUUGAAGAUGGGGAGGUAAUCGAAGAUGAGAUUGAAGAAGAAGAAGAAGCUGAAAAAGUGUCUCAUCAAUCGGAAAUGUUGGUUUUCACUGCAAAAGUUGAAGCAGACGCUGAGCAAAAAGCUCAAGUCAUGAUGGAAAAUCAAGCGGGGCCAAGUGAUCGUCAUUAUUGUGCGGAAGAAUUGGAUGACAAUGUUUUAUCCUAA